AUUAAGCUAACACGGAAAUAACUAUUGCUGCUAUCAGAUUAUUCAUCAUUAUUUAUUACUUUCAAAUUGUGCAUUUUUAACAACUAAUAGCAAGUACAAAACGCAAGCUGUCACGAUGGUCAACAUUACAACACUUCAGACGCUUAUACUCGUCCUGGCGACUUCAGUUGCUGGUCUACCGGCGCCUGAUGAAGCUACACAAGAAAUUAUAAAAACUCAAGCCACACGAGGCGCCCGAUACGAGAAGAGUUUCGAACCCUCAAAACACAGCGAUGAAUCUCACCCAAGCCAAGAAUUGAACCUCGCUCAACCUGAAUUUUAUGAACACGUUUAUGAAUCCCGCGAAUCAGGGCUACAAAAUAUGGACACGUUGAAUAAAAUGGAACCUGAUGUCGACGCAUCAGACAUUGCAAUGGUCCCUAACAUUGCAAUGGUCCCUAACAUCUCAAUGGUCCCUAAGAUUGUCGGUGGUAACCAAACAGAUCCUGGAGAGUUUCCGUACCAGGUGAGCAUCCAAGUGAUGGAUUUGUUCGGGAGCAGCCACAUCUGCGGCGGUGCCAUCCUGAACGCGCAGUACGUCGUCACCGCCGCGCAGUGCGUCUCCAGCCAAACAGAGAGCAGCCUGCAGGUGGUGGCCGGCGUCUGGGCGCUCUCCCAGACGUCUAUUUGGCAGCAGGUGCGCAACGUCAGGUCCAUCACCGUGCACCCUGAGUACGUCGUCGACACGCCGCAGAUGAACGACAUCGCUCUCCUCAGGAUGGAGACGCCAUUCAUGCUUGACGAGCGGGUUGCCAGCAUCCUCCUGACGCCGCAGGACGCCUUCGUGGGCGCCUCCUGCGUCACCUCAGGAUGGGGGAGCACCGAGGAGAACGGCGACUACUCCGACGUCCUUCUGAAGGUCUCUAUGACGGUGCUCGAUGAUAAGACCUGCGAGAACGCCUACGGUGUGCAAGACUUUGAGAGAACUUCGAUGAUCUGCGCGGGGGCGGCGGCGGGGGGCGACUUCUGCCAGGGGGACGAAGGGGGACCUUUGGAAUGUGGUUCUUACUUGACCGGCCUGGUCUCCUGGGGGAUAGGGUGUGGUAGGGGCAACCCAGGGGUCUACACCAGCAUCUACCACUACAACACCUGGAUUAUCAACACCAUUGGGAACCAGUAG